CGCCGCCGUUAUGUCUUAAUCUGUCAUGGACCACAAUUGAGAACGAUAGCCAAACCAGAAUACCACCUUAAAUCAAACAACUUUCUGGAGUUUCUUUGCUUUGAUUUAUCGAAUCGGAAUCCACAGAGAAAUCCAAUCUCUCCUUCCUUCUUACAUUCGAUAGAAACGGAGGAAUGCUCCUUCUGUACAGCUCUCGGCCGUGGUUAUUGCCUCGAAUUUCUAUUCCGAACCCUUCAUCUUCUUCCAAUAGACAACGAGACCGACACUGCAGUUGGAUCCAGUCUUCCACACUACGUGCAGGCCAUUUGAUAAUAAACCAUGAAGAAAAAUGGGAUGGAAGCUCUAAUAGAGCAUGUGCAACACAGAUUUUUCCUAAGAACUUGAAUGCUAAUUCAGAUAGCUUUCAAGGUGAACACUUGCCAUCAGACUUCAAAAAGACCAUUCAGAAUGCACUUGGAUGUCAUGCUAAAGUCAUGAUGGCUUCUAUAUUAUCACAUUUCCUCCUCAGGAAGCUACAGUUAAUGAGUAACAUGAUAAAUGCGGUUGGACAGAGCUUUCUCUGCAGAACUCUAUCACGUGAUAUUACAAGAUUACCAUUUGCUUGUAUGUCUGAUUCCUUAAAUAAACCCACACCUCUUCGAUUGGAUGUAUCUUUCCCUUCACUUCAAGAUUUUGGAUGGAACUUUCAGCGGUUACUUUAUUUGUUCAACAUACAACUAGAGAGGAAUGUUGCCACGUUUUUUGUGGUGCUUCUUGUGGCAUGCUUCUCUUUUGUGAUUAUUGGUGGAUUCCUCUUCUUCAAGUUCAGGGGUAAUUCACAACCUCUGGAGGACUGCUUCUGGGAGGCUUGGGCAUGCCUAUGUUCAUCAUCCACCCAUUUGAGGCAAAAAACAAGGGUUGAACGUGUCCUUGGUUUUGUCCUAGCCAUAUGGGGAUUACUGUUCUAUACCCGUUUAUUGAGCACAAUGACAGAACAGUUCAGAAAUAAUAUGCAAAAACUCAGAGACGGUGCACAGAUGCAAGUUCUGGAGGCUGAUCACAUAAUUAUAUGUGGAAUAAAUAGCCAUUUAACCUUCAUAUUGAAACAGUUAAAUAAGUACCAUGAGUUUGCUGUGCGUCUAGGUACUGCCACAGCCAGGAAACAAAGGAUUCUUCUAUUGUCUGAUAUUCCAAGGAAGCAAAUGGACAAGAUUGCUGACAGUGUUGCCAAAGAUCUUAACCACAUUGAUGUUCUGACUAAAAGUUGCAGUCUGAGCCUAACAAAAUCAUUUGAAAGAGCUGCUGCUGAUAAGGCACGUGCUAUAAUCAUAUUGCCAACAAAGGCUGAUAGGUAUGAAGUUGAUACAGAUGCAUUCUUAUCCGUGCUUGCCCUCCAACCCAUUAAUAAAAUGGCAUCUGUGCCAACAAUUGUUGAGGUUUCAAACUCUAGUACAUGUGAACUUUUGAAGUCUAUAUCAGGAUUGAAAGUAGAGCCUGUAGAAAAUGUUGCUUCAAAACUCUUCGUACAAUGCUCUAGGCAAAAGGGCCUCAUAAAGAUCUAUAGGCACCUACUUAAUUAUCGGAAAAAUGUAUUUAACCUUGGCAAUUUUCCUAAUCUUGUCGGAUUAAAAUAUGGGGAAAUAAGACGAGGAUUCCAAGAGGCAAUUGUUUGUGGUCUAUAUCGAGGGGGCAAAAUAUUCUUCCACCCAAAUGAUAAUGAAGUCAUACAGAAAACUGAUAAAGUGUUAUUCAUUGCGCCUGUUCAUGGGAAGAAAAAACCUCAGCUUGCAUCUUUAAAUGUUCUUGGUGACAAAAAUGGGAUUAUUGAAAGUCAAGAAUAUAACAGAAAUGAUAGAGCUCCUAAUCAAGCGUCAAUUGAGAAGGUUAGAAAUGAAAACACAGUGAAGCGUCCCAAGAAGCGAGGUUCAAAGGCAUCAGAUUGGAAUCUUGGACUAAAAGAGUGCAUAUUGAUACUGGGUUGGAGACCAGAUAUUACAGAAAUGCUAGAAGAAUAUGAUCAUUAUCUUGGACCUGGCAGUGUUUUGGAAAUUCUGUCAGAUGUUCCUGUCAAUAACAGAAAUACAAGCAGUCAUGCUGGUCGAUGCAAGCUAAAAAACGUUCAUGUUUCUCAUAGGCUUGGCAAUCCCAUGGACUAUGAGAGUUUAAAAGAAACUAUAAGUAACAUACAAAAGUCUUCUUCCAAGAAUGGCGAGGAAAUGCCCUUAUCAAUUGUUGUAAUCUCCGACAGAGAAUUGCUUCUUGGAGAUCCAUCCAGGGCAGACAAGCAAUCUGCGUAUACCCUUCUUCUCGCUGAAAACAUUUGCAACAAACUUGGAGUGAAGGCACAAAAUCUCGUGGCAGAAAUCGUGGACUCCAAAUUGGGAAAACAAAUUACGAGAAUCAAACCAUCACUCACUUACAUUGCAGCAGAGGAAGUGAUGAGUCUAGUGACUGCUCAAGUGGCAGAACAUUUUGAGCUACAUGGAGUCUGGAAAGAUAUUCUCGAUGCUGAUGGUGAUGAAAUAUAUGUUAAGGAUAUUGGUUUGUACAUGAAAGAAGGUGAAAACCCUUCUUUUGCUGAGCUAUCUGAAAGAGCACAUUUGCGUCAAGAAGUUGCCAUUGGAUACAUGAAAGACAACAAGAAGGUCAUAAAUCCAAUCCCAAAGUUGGAGCCUCUCUCACUUGAAAUGGCGGAUUCAUUGAUAGUAAUAUCUGAACUCCAAGGCGAACAAUCGAUGGUUGUUUAAAGAUCAUACCGAAGCUGUCAUUUUCCAAAAUGAGGUUAGACUUUGGUUGUAAGUUAUAAAAAAGAAUUGUGUUAAUUUUGUAUUAUUCAAUCUUCUUCUUGUUGUAACUUUUUCCCCAUAAUAAGAUUAAAUUUCU